UGAUGUCACACACGUGGGCGGUGCCAACAGCGUGUGCUCAAAUACGUGGGCGGAGUCAAGCGGGUUCAAAAACAGAUUGUGGGUAACUGGAUGCUUUGUACGACUUUUCUCUUCUUACGUUCUCCAAAGGUGAUUCUAAUUCGACUUUCCGUGCUCCCCUGUAUACAUGGGGGAAUGAGUUUUUUUGCACAUUUAUGCAGUGGACGCCUAUGACAGAAGCCGUGUUACUAUUUUCAAAGGCAUUGCUUCCAGUGGGAAAAGACUAGUUUCCAAACCAGCCAUGAAACCUCCUGGCGAGGAAGAGAGCCUGCGGCUGGGCACACUUUUGCUCAACACCCUGGCAAGAGAAAGGCGUCUUUGGAGAGCACCAGUCCUUAAGAACGGUUGCAUUCAGGGUUCAGAUAUCAGCCCACCUCAGUACCAGGAGGUGAUCGUGUGGUUGCGUGAAAUGAGCAGCAUUCUCCAGUUUUCCUCCGAGACAUUCGCUUUGGGAGUCUGUGUUCUUAACAGCCUGCUUGCAACAGUCAAAACUCGGCUGAAAUACCUCAAAUGCAUGGCCAUCACCUCUCUGAUCCUUGCUGCAAAGAUCAACGAGGAAGAUGAGGUGAUCGCAUCGGUUAAAGACCUGCUGAAGCAAAGCAGAUGCAAAUUCUCAACAGCUGAGAUUCUUCGCAUGGAGCGAGUCAUAUUGAACAAGCUGCACUGGGACCUUUACAUGGCCACGCCGAUGGACUUCAUUCACAUUUUCCACGGCCUGCUGAUGUCCAGGCGUCCUCAGCUGAUGCUGUCCAGCUCUCAGAAGAGACCCUGCCUCCAGGCGUCGCUGUGGACCAGGCAGCUGCAGCACUGUAUGGCCUGCCACCAGCUCUGGCACUUCAAGGGCUCCAUAUUGGCUUUGGCCAUCAUCACUUUGGAGCUGGAGAGGCUGACGCCUGAUUGGUUCUCUGUUUUUACCGACCUGCUGAGGAAAGCACAGAUGGAGAGCACAGAGUUCAUCUGCUGCAAGGAGACGGUGGAUGAGUACCUCACCGGCCUCGAGCUCUCCUUACACACCAACGCCGUCUACAUUUUGGACACCUCCAGCAUGCUGGCGUUCAGAGGACAUGACACGCGGGAGGAGGAUGGAGAGGGGAACAGAAAGAGACGAGCACAGAAAGGGGACCAAGACAUGGACGACUUCUAUGAUGGUUUCUGGUGCUUUUAUGAUGAGGAUGUGUCGGAGAAAACGGCAAACCAUAGACUGCAGGAUACACAAGAACAGAUCUGGCCUUGUCCUCCGUUACGGCCCUCUUCUCGUCAGUAAGCUAGCGUGUGCUUCUGUGAGAGGUGGGAGCGGUUAAAUGAUGGCCAAGGCACUUUUUUAUUUCUUUUAUGAAAACUUUAUGCAGCACUUUAACCAUAUUUGAGAUGUCUUUACUCAUUUUUUUUUUUUUAAUUCCUUUUAUUUUUACAUUUUUCUAUCUUUGAACAAGUUAUUCAUACUGUACGUCAGUGCAAUGCUUUAACGAUUAUGGUGCUUUAACAGAAAUCUUUUUGUUGGCCAAUUAAUUUCUUAAUGGAGUUAUGCUUUAUAGUGUUAUGCGUUUUGGAAUUUAUAUCCAUUGACGUUUCAUAGCGUCAGAAUAAUGUUACUGUCUUGAUUUUGUAGUGUUAAUGUGAACAAGAGGACAUUACAUUUCUAUUCAGACAUUUCCGUGUUUUUUUUCCUGUUUUAACCAGAAACGCCUCGUCCCAACCCUCUUUUAAGGCAGCUACAGAUAUCAUAUUCCUCCUGAAAUGAAACGAAUAAAAAUUCCCUUUUCUACAUUUCCUUUUAUUUAUUUGGUUAAAAACAGCAGAUUCUUAUGUUUCUGUGUCCUUCCCUUGGAAUAAAAGCAGAUUAUUGACAUGUAUUCUUUUGUUUUCAUAUUGUGUCAAGGCAAAUGUGCAAUUACAGCACCACUGAGGAAAAUAUAGUUUAUAUAUAAGAUUAUGCCAUUAUUUACUCACCCCGUUUUUCCAUUCUCUUGAAAAUGAAAGUAACACAGGUUUUAAAUGACAAAGGAAAAGAAAUAAAUUCAGUUUGGACUAAACUAUACCUUUAAGUAAUAUGUAAUAGAGCACAUGUGAAAGGAAAGAUUGUUUUUAAUAAACUUAAUAAAAUAUA